AUGCAGAGCAGCGAUUGGCCCACCCGGGCGUGGGUUGGGGAGGGCGGGGGAGGGCAGGAUCGAGGAGGUAGAUGGAAAAUAGGAGGGGGUGGCUCGGCAGAGGGGGGUUGUCAUUCAGUCCCCACCCCUGCCGGCACAGCUUUUUCCUCUCCUGCCAGAAAAGCCGACCACCAACUCUACUACCCUUGCGGCCCGCACGCAGCCCGGUGCACGCAGGAUCCCCAGCACGGCGCGACCUUCCCCGGGAAUUUCACAUUGGGAAUGGUCAGGUCCGACGCAAUGCAGGCGCUGGUGUUCCUGGCAAAACUCCGGGACGGGUGUGCUCCUGUGCUGUGGCACAGAAUCCUCUACCCUCGCCCUGCUCUGCGCCUCCAACCCCUCCCGCAGAGAGCUUUCUGCAGUGCGACUGGGAGAAGGCGGUGCGGAGUCUCGGUCCCUCUUUUCCCUACCACGGGAGCCGAAGUUUCCUUCCAGUCGGAUUAUUUUGAAAGGUUUGCAACUGACUUGGGAAAGGUUCUCCAUGGUGGCGCCCGGCAGCUCGAAGCAGGGGCGUGCGCGGCCCCCAGUGAGCCUAAGCGCUUCGAGCUGCGCCCCGGAGGCGCUGAGCCCAGCGCCGCGGAGAGGAGGCAGCCUGCAGCUUGGUAUUGCUCCUUCGCGGAGUCGCCUAGGAGCCUGCGAGGAGCCAGGGCCGCCGCUGAUUGGCUCCUCGCUCAGCCUUGGGCCCGCCCCCUUCGCACUGCCGUGGCUCUGGCGCCGCCCGCCCACGCCGCCCACCGCUUUCAUCAGCGCGGGGAUCACAGCUCCUUUGUGGCUACUGCGAGGCGAGGCUCUGCGGGGUAGCCCAGGCGGCACAACCAUCCCGGCAUGGAACUAGUUAAAUCCCUCUCCAGAUUCAGACCCCAGCAUUCCUUUCGCAAAAUAAAAGUGUUUGUU